CAUGAAGCGGUAGUCAGGCUACUGCUGGACCGACAAGAUGUUGAGGCAGAUUCAAAGGAUAACUUGGGUCGGACACCAUUGUUGUAUGCAGCCUGGCGCGGACAUGAAGCAGUGGUCAGGUUACUGCUGGACCGACAAGAUGUUGAGGCAGACUCGAAGGCUAACUGGGGUCAGACACCAUUGUCCUUUGCGGCUGGAGGUGGACAUGAAGCAGUAGUCAGGCUACUGCUGGGCCGACAAGAUGUUGAGGCAGACUCGAGGGAUAACUUGGGUCGGACACCUUUAUUAUAUGCAGCCUGGCGCGGACAUGAAGCAGUGGUCAGGUUACUACUGGACCAACAAGAUGUUAAGGUGGACUCUAAGGCUAACUGGGGUCGGACACCAUUAUCCUGUGCGACUGAAGGUGGACACGAAGCAGUGGUCAGGCUACUGCUGGGCCGACAAGAUGGCCAGACGGACACGAAGGUCGAAGAAUAACUGUUGAAAAAGCACUUGAUGGCAGCCUGACAAGCAGUCGAAUUGAAUUAACGGAAGAAUCGUACACUUAUUAGGAUCAGUCUCAACCGAAUGGUUCCUACUGCAUAAAAUAGGAAGCAUGGAGAACUAAGUGUGGUUGUGCACUGCUGUUAGACCCUGUAUGUUAUAUAGAUAAUAGAUUAUUUUAUAUUCACUCGAAAGAGUUUUUUUUAUAUUAAUUUAUAUUAAUGAUAUUUUUUUACUUAUACCGGAC